CGCCUCCCAUUUUCAACCAUCUCAACCACAAAGAUCGUUCCCACCUCACCACCGUCCUCCGACACCACCAGCAACAAGACGCCAACAUGUCUGCCAACGAGCAAACCUUCAUCGCCAUCAAGCCUGACGGAGUUCAGCGCGGACUGGUCGGCGACAUCAUCUCCCGAUUCGAGAAGCGUGGCUUCAAGCUCGCUGCCAUCAAGCUCGUUUCCCCAUCAAAGGAGCACCUCGAGAAGCACUACGAGGACCUGAGCUCCAAGCCUUUCUUCAAGGGUUUGGUGACCUACAUGGGUUCCGGCCCAAUCUGCGCCAUGGUCUGGGAGGGUCGUGACGCUGUCAAGACUGGCCGUGUCCUUCUCGGUGCCACCAACCCAGCCGCCUCGAGCCCAGGUACCAUUCGUGGUGACUAUGCUAUUGACGUCGGCCGAAACGUCUGCCACGGCUCUGAUGCCGUCGAGUCCGCCCAGAAGGAGAUUGCUUUGUGGUUCAAGCCAGAGGAGAUCCAGACCUGGAAGCAGGCCCAGCACGAGUGGAUCUACGAGAAAUAGAUGUUUCAUGUAUCUGAGAUGCAUUUGGACGCAGUCAUGAAAGAGCACGAAAAAGCUGGCAUGUUAUAGGAAAUGAAACGUCAUGGAACAGACAAGGCCAUUGCAUCCAGAGCGAAAAGAGAUAGCUGCCAAGCACCCCAUUUGAUGGGUGAUAUGAAAGAGCUGAAAAUACGCAACAUCACACGACUUUUUUC